GACCCGGCGGCGGCGGCGGCGGGGGGAGGAGGGGAGGUGAAAGCGGAGGAGGCAGUCGCUGCGCGCGGGGCCGAGCCGGACGCGUCUUGGUGCCCCCUUCCCCGGUUCGCCGCUGCCCGGCCUGAGCCAAGCCGAGCCGAGCUGAGCGUGAGCGUGGUGCGGACGGAGGGGAUGGCCCGGGAGCGCCGGCGCCAGUGACGGGGAGGUGCUGAGCGUCGCCGAGGGCGCGCCGGGCCCUGCACCGCCCGCCGCCUGCGCGCCCGCCCGCCGCCCGGCUUCGCGGCCGCUCCCCGUCCCCGACACACGCUCACAGGCCGGGCAUUGAUGGUAAUGUAUGCGAGGAAACAGCAGAGACUCAGUGAUGGCUGUCACGACCGGCGGGGGGACGCGCAGCCUUACCAGGCACUUAAGUAUUCAUCGAAGAGUCACCCCAGUAGCGGUGAUCACAGACAUGAAAAAAUGCGAGACGCCGCAGAUCCUUCACCACCAAAUAAAAUGUUGCGGAGAUCUGAUAGUCCUGAAAACAAAUAUAGUGACAGCACAGGUCACAGUAAGGCCAAAAAUGUGCAUAUUCACAGAGUUAGAGAGAGGGAUGGUGGGACCAGUUACUCUCCCCAAGAAAAUUCACACAACCACAGUGCUCUUCAUAGUUCAAAUUCACAUUCUUCUAAUCCAAGCAGUAAUCCAAGCAAAACUUCAGAUGCACCUUAUGAUUCUGCCGAUGACUGGUCUGAGCAUAUUAGCUCCUCUGGGAAAAAAUACUACUACAAUUGUCGAACAGAAGUCUCACAGUGGGAAAAACCAAAAGAGUGGCUUGAAAGAGAACAGAGACAAAAAGAAGCAAACAAGAUGGCAGUUAAUAGCUUCCCAAAAGAUAGGGAUUACAGAAGAGAGGUGAUGCAAGCAACAGCCACUAGUGGGUUUGCCAGUGGAAUGGAAGACAAGCAUUCCAGUGAUGCCAGUAGUUUGCUCCCACAGAAUAUUUUGUCUCAGACAAGCAGACACAAUGACAGAGACUACAGACUGCCAAGAGCAGAGACUCACAGUAGUUCUACGCCAGUACAGCACCCCAUCAAACCAGUGGUUCAUCCAACUGCUGCCCCAAGCACUGUUCCUUCUAGUCCAUUUACGCUACAGUCUGAUCACCAGCCAAAGAAAUCACUUGAUGCUAAUGGAGCAUCUACUUUAUCAAAACUGCCUACACCCACAUCUUCUGUCCCUGCACAGAAAACAGAGAGAAAAGAAUCUACAUCAGGAGACAAAUCGGUGUCACACUCUUGCACAACUCCUUCCACGUCUUCUGCCUCUGGACUGAACCCCACGCCUGCCCCUCCAGCCUCUGCUUCAGCAAUGCCUGUCUCUCCUGUACCACAGUCACCAAUACCUCCAUUACUGCAGGACCCAAACCUGCUCAGACAGUUGCUUCCUGCUUUGCAAGCCACGCUGCAACUCAAUAAUUCUAAUGUGGACAUAUCCAAGAUAAAUGAAGUUCUUACAGCAGCUGUGACCCAAGCCUCAUUGCAGUCUAUCAUUCAUAAGUUUCUCACUGCUGGACCAUCUGCUUUCAACAUGACUUCUCUGAUCUCUCAAGCUGCUCAGCUCUCUACACAAGCCCAGCCGUCUAAUCAGUCUCCGAUGUCUUUGACGUCUGACGCAUCAUCCCCGAGAUCCUAUGUGUCUCCGAGAAUAAGCACACCUCAGACUAACGCAGUCCCUGUCAAGCCUUUGGCUAGUACUCCUCCUGUUUCAUCACAGCCAAAGGUUAGUACUCCAGUAGUUAAGCAAGGACCAGUUUCACAAUCAGCCACACAGCAGCCUGUAACUGCUGACAAGCAGCAGGGUCAUGAGCCUGCCUCUCCUCGAAGCCUUCAGCGCUCAAACAGCCAGAGAAGUCCGUCACCUGGUCCAAAUCAUACUUCUAGUAGUAAUGCAUCAAAUGCAACAGUUGUACCACAGAAUUCAUCUGCCCGUCCUACGUGUUCAUUAACACCUACGCUAGCAGCACACUUCAAUGAAAAUCUCAUCAAACAUGUUCAAGGAUGGCCUGCAGAUCAUGCAGAGAAGCAGGCAUCGAGAUUGCGAGAGGAAGCCCAUAACAUGGGAAGCGUUCAUAUGUCAGAAAUCUGUACUGAAUUAAAAAAUUUAAGAUCUUUAGUCCGAGUAUGUGAAAUUCAAGCAACUUUGCGAGAGCAGAGGAUACUAUUUUUGAGACAACAAAUUAAGGAACUCGAAAAGCUAAAAAAUCAGAAUUCCUUCAUGGUGUGAAGAUGUGAAUAAUUGCACAUGGUGUUGAGAACAGAACUGUAAAUCUGUUGCCCAGUCUUAACAUUUUUGAGCUGCAUUAAGUAGACUUUGGACCGUUAAGCUGGGCAAAGGAAAUGACAAGGGGUGGGGGUCUGUGAGAUUCAAUUCAGGGGAAAGAUACAAGACUGAUUUGUAAAACCCUUGAAAUGUAGAUUUCUUGUAGAUGUAUUCUUCACGUUGUAAAUAUGUUUUGUAGAGUGAAGCCAUGGGAAGCCAUGUGUAACAGAGCUUAGACAUCCAAAACUAAUCGAUGCUGAGGUGGCUAAAUACCUAGCCUUUUACAUGUAAACCUGUCUGCAAAAUUAGCUUUUUUAAAGAAAAAUUUGGGGGGUUAAUUUAUCAUUCAGAAAUCUUGCAUUUUCAAAAAAUUCAGUGCAAGCGCCAGGCGAUCUGUGUCUAAGGAUACAAUUUUGAACCAUAUGGGCAGUGUACAAAAUACCAUGAAACAACCGUUUCCACACUUGCACCUGAUCAAGAGCAGUGCUUCUCCAUUUGUUUUGCAGAGAAAUGUUUUUCAUUUCCCGUGUGUUCCAUUUCCCUCUGAAAUCCUUGAUCUGAUUUUAUCCAUUUUUUAAGGCUCCUCUUUUUCUCCUUUCUUAAGGCACUGUUGCUAUGGCACUUUUCUAUAACCUUUUCAUUCCUGUGUACAGUAGCUUAAAAUUGCAGUGAUUGAGCAUAACCCACUUGUUUGUGUAAAUUAUUGAAAUCCAUUUGCACCCUGUAAGAAUGGACUUAAAAGUACUGCUGGGCAUGUGUGCUGAAAGUACAUUGAUGGCUCAAAUAUAAGGAAAUGGCCCAAUGAACAUGGUUGUGGGGGAAGAGGAAACAGCUAGUCAGAUGUGAAUUGUAUCUGUUAUAAUAAACAUGUUAAAACAAACAAAAAUUGUUAUUUUUCUUUACCUUCGGUCAAUGCAUAUUAGAAUUUGAACUACCUGGGGAUUCUUUGUCAGAACUAUUCUUGUUGAACAUUUAUACUUAAUUGAAGUAAUUCCUUAAGGGAGGUUUUGUUUAAAGCAAUUAACAGGAAAUUGUGUAUAAGAAUAUUUAACGAAAUAUGAAAUUCAACAAGAAUGAUUAAGUCACUUCCCAAGUGGUUGUCAUUUGUUAAACCCUGGUUUACCUGUCUUGCUAUUAAUGACAUUUCAUUUUGAAGGAUGUUUGUGUUGUAGCUAACUGUUCAAGUCUGGUGCUGACUGCUGUUCUUAGCCAUCACAAAACGCUAAAUUUGUGUAAUUGGAGCUUCCUGCUGUUACCUGGAAAUGGUGGGAAAGCUCAGCUUUGUAUAUUGUUUCCUAAAGUAUAUUAAAAUAAAAAAAGAAACUAUUGCUACUAUAAAA